GCGAGCUAAACGGAGCGGACAAGCCCGGUCGGGGACUGGUGUGUGGAGGCGGCCGCUCGCCCGCUCAUGGCUUCGUAGCGCCAGGCACUCGCCAUGAACGUGGUGGGGAGCUACCAGGGCCACCACCACCCGCACCACCACCCGCACAGCGCUUUGCUGCACGAGCCGUUUCUCUUCGGGCCGCCCCCACCGCCGCCCCCGGCGCGAUGUUUCCCAGCGGCGGCGGCAGCGUCCGACCGGCCCUUCGCGCAGGGCUGGCUGUUGAGCGCAGCGUCGGCCGAGCUGUCCCCGCCGCCUCAGCCUCCUCCUCCGCCGCCUCCGGAGCUGGUGUGCGCUGCGGCCGGGCUGGCUUCUUCGGCUUCUCCCUCUUCGUCCUACGGCAGCAGCCCCUCGGAGCUGGGCGGGCGUCUGGCUGGGCGCCGGAGGGCCGGGCCGGCGCCUGGAGCCCCGCGCAAAGAGCGGCGUCGCACCGAGAGCCUGAACAGCGCCUUCGCCGAGCUGCGCGAGUGCAUCCCCAACGUGCCGGCCGACACCAAGCUCUCCAAGAUCAAGACGCUGCGCUUGGCUACCAGCUACAUCGCUUACCUCAUGGAGGUGCUCGCCAAGGACGGGCCGGCCGCCGAGGGCUUCAAGGCCGAGCUCAAGAAGGCCGAGCCCCGCGACGCCAAGAGGAAGCGCGAGCAGCCGCAGCCCGUGGGAUAUUCUCAUGUUUUAGGUCAAGGCGAAAAAAGGCUUAAGGGCAGGACUGGGUGGCCUCAGCAGGUCUGGGCGCUGGAACUGAAUCAAUGACCCUCCGGAAUUCCCGUUUGCGACGAAGAAGAAUCUAAUAACUGCGGUGGCAAACCGAACCCGACGAGAUGGCCCGGCGGGAUUCUUCGCAGCUCGCCUUCUCCCUCUUUCCUGCCGUGCCAAAGAGCAGCCGUGCAGCUUUUCCCUUCAUUUGCUAUGGAAACGUCGGGAGGGCCUGUGCAAUGUCGGAGCCGCGGUGGAGGAUACUAUAAUAACCCUACAAAAGGAGGAGGCGAGGCCGAAAACUAGCAUGCAAGCCCUUGGCUGAACUUGGAUCCGAACCUAUUCAUACACACGUGAUUCAUUGUCUGUGGAACUCUCUACUUUCUGUGAAACUCGUCGGAAAGCCAAGCGUUUGUGUCUCCCACUCCCUGUUUUAAAUUUGUCGGCACCAGGGUGCGUCUUCCUCCGCGUAGGUCCGAAGCGCCAGAGAUGAUUUCCCUUCUUUAAAACAAAACAAAACCCCACAGCCCUGGAAAAAGUGGAUAGAGGCGGAGAGGCGACUUUCCAACGGCCUGCUUGGAUUUCCGGGACGCCGCUGUGAUUUCCGUGCUUGGAGAAGGAGAGGACUCUAACGAGCAACGGAAAAGCCGUCUAGGCACCUCUCCUCGGAAGGAAGGGAGAAGGGGGAGCAGCACGGGACCGCCGUUCCUCGGUCACCAACGGGGCUCUUCGUCUGUCCCUGGAUUUCGCCAAGCAGCGAUCCAAACAGCUUCCCCCCCGUUUCGUCACCGCGGCAACCUCCUUCCCUACCACCCUCCCCAGCUACCACUGGCCGUGCCGCCCCGCGCAUGAUGAGGGGUCGAUCCUUUUCUCUUCGGCCGGCCCAGGUAGGCGAAGACUCUGGGUACCCGCCUCCGUUCCUUCCCUGCCUUCUUCAACCGUCCCUGCAGCCCCAGCGCCUCUGUGCAGAAGAAGCGCCGCCCGGAGCAGGUUCCCGUCAGGCUCUCGGUUCUGCAGCUGAUUCAGCUAAAACCGGUACCGUCGUCGAUCUGAGAUUGGAUCUGGGCGCUGUCGCGGGAACGGCAAUGCCUUCCAGAAGUCACAGCGGCUGGUCGCUCGGAGGUUUCCGCUUUUCUGAAGGAGGCGGGAAACGUGCCCGGUCGGCCACCGUUAAGCACUUUCUAACCACCCAUUGAUUUCAGCGGGAGAGUUAAGCACAUUACCAUAACCCUCCCGUUGAAAUCCAUGGGACGUAGCCAUGCUUCCCUUGGGCUGGACGGUGCUUAUAGUGCUUUAAAAAUAUGUAAAUAAACAAUACAUCGAAGUCCUCCUCUCUCCCUCCCCGUUUUUUUGCCCCCCCCAACCUUCCACUCCCACCCCCUUUGUUUUUAUGUUGGAUGUAUUUAAACUACCUAUGUGGGUGAAUUUGAUACAUUGUCUGUACCGGGUUUUCUACCUCAGAUCUGUAUGACCACUUCCUAAGAGACAGGUUU